AUGUUCAAUCACUCUGACGAGGAUAUUGCUGCCCAGUACGCCGAUAGACUGGAUGGCGAAGAUGCGUACACGACAUCCGAGGAGAAACGAUUGAGAUGGAAGCUGGAUUUGCGACUUAUUCCCAUUCUAUGGUUCAACGUUACCUUAGGUGCCAUGGACAAAGUCACAACCUCAACAGCGGCUCUCUAUGGAAUGAAAGCUUCCACCGGUUUGACUGGAAAUAGGUACUCAUGGGUUGGAUCUGCGUUCUACUUCGGAUACUUGGUUUGGUGCUUUCCAUCAGCAGGCCUUCUACAGAAACUUCCAAUCGCAAAAACUAUGGCAUCAGCACAAUUGCUGUGGGGACUUGUCCUCAUUGGGACGGGUUUUGCGAAGAACUUUGAGACUCUUAUUGCUCUCAGAGUUCUUCUCGGUGUUCUGGAGGCUCCAAUUGUCCCUGGAAACUAUCUUAUCGUUGGCAUGUGGUAUAGUCGAAGAGAGCAGCCAAUCAGAACGGGUCUUAUGUAUACUGGUCUGUCAGUUUGCUUUACUGGCCCUAUUGGCUAUGGUAUUGGCUUCAUCGCAGGCGCGGAUAAGUGGCGAUACUUCUUCUGGAUUACCGGUGCAAUGACUUGUGUCUGGGCUAUCAUUGUUGGCAUUUUCCUCCCGGAUAACCCUGUCAAGGCAAAAUUCAUCAGCGAGCGUCAAAAGGCCAUCGCAAUCGAUCGAGUCAGAGCAGAUCAAACGGGCAUCGAGAACAAGACAUUCAAGAGAGAGCAAAUGAUCGAGACCUUCCUCGAUCCUAAGACGUGGCUUAUGUUUUUGUUUAACAUCUGGAUCUCAAUUCCCAACGGCGGACUGACCAAUUUUGCGCCUCUUAUUAUCAAUGGUCUUGGCUACACUGCCCAGAGAUCGACACUUCUCACGAUGCCCACGGGUAUCAUACAGACAGUCUCCUCCUACAUGUGUAAUGGCGGGGUGUUCCUGUGUGCCAAAUAUUUAUCCAAUUAUCAAUUGAGGGGCGCCUGGGUUAUGUUCUCUUGCAUCAUUGGAAUGAUUGCUGCAGUCUUCUUGUACACGCUACCGCUCUACAACCUUCAUGGGAGACUCGCGGCUCUCUAUGUGUCUUAUUUCUACCUAGGUGGCUAUAUUGUCGCUCUCGGCAUGAACACAGCCAACACAGCUGGCCAUACGAAGAAAGUUACCACUAAUGCCUUGAUCUUUAUCGCAUACUGUGUAUCGAACAUCAUCGCCCCACAAUUCUUCCUCGCCAGGCAAGCACCGCUUUAUGUACUCGGUAUGGGGGCGAUUCUCGCAUCUUAUGUCCUAUCGAUGAUAACAAUGGCAAUCUACAUGGCUUACUGUGCUUGGGAAAACAGGAGAAGAGAUAAGCUUGACUCUGCUGCUGGGCAGAAGAUUCACCGGGAUACCGAUUUCAAGGAUCUGACGGACAAGCAGAACAUUCACUUCAGAUAUGUGUGGUAA